AUGGCUAAACAAAGAAUUAUUAAUUGUGUAGGACAGCUACCUUUCAAUAUCCAAUUGAAUGGGUAUAAUGAUGAAUGGAACAUUAAACCUUUAUUGACAAACCCUGCGUUAUAUACUUCUUUCCAAUAUUUGAAUGACAAUGAAAAUUACGAACAGCAUAUAGUCGGUUGGACAGGUGAAAUUACAAGAGACGACGUUCCAAUAUUUGCCAAACAUGAAGAAGAUGAACAAAUAAAUGAAGAUGAAACUGAGUUGAAAGAUUUGGAUUCAAAAGUCAUUAACGCAGAUAUUUUGGAUCAACAUUUGAAAAACGAUUUGAAUAACUUGGAGAAAUCUUCAAGUUCUGCUGUGAAUAAUGACGACCCACUUUAUUUGAGCAACCAACAGUUGGAUUCAUUGAACUCUGCGUUGAAGAGUUACCUGUAUAGCGAUCCUUCUGCUCCGGAGAAGAAAAAUGAAGAAGGCAAUACGUUCAACGUGAAUGUUGACAACGUUCAUCCGGUCUGGCUGCUAAGAAGAGAUCAAAAGAGAUGGAGAAUGUAUGCUGAAAACAUUAUAUGGCCAACGUUUCAUUAUAUAUUGAAGCAGAAUGCUGAAGGUGAGAAAGAGAAGGAUUGGUGGUACGAUUACGUCAAAUUCAAUGAAGCUUACGCCAUGGAAAUUUCAAAAAUUUACAAGAAUGGGGAUGUCAUUUGGAUUCAUGAUUACUAUCUGUUGUUAUUACCACAAUUAUUGAGAAUGCAAUUGAAUGAUAGAGACGAUAAUAUUAAAAUUGCUUAUUUCCAUCAUACCUCUUGGCCAAGUAAUGAGUAUUUUAGAUGUUUACCAAGAAGAAAACAAAUCUUGGACGGUUUGGUAGGAGCUGACAGAGUUACAUUUCAAAAUGAUGGCUUCGCUAGACAUUUUGUUUCUUCAUGUAAGAGAUUGUUGGAUUGUACUCACAAAAAGAUUUUCAAUAACACGUUUGACUUAGAUCAAUAUAAUUUAAGUGUUUAUGGUGGUGAUAUUAUUGUUGAUUCAUUGCCAAUUGGUAUAGAUUCUAAAAGCUUCUUGAAGAAUGCAUUCAAUAAAAAUGUCGAUGCAAAGGUUUUAGCAAUUAAACAGGCUUAUCAAGGUAAAAAAAUCAUCAUUGGUAGAGAUCGUUUGAAUGAAACUACAGGAGUAAUUCAAAAACUAAGAGCCUUUGAAACAUUUUUAGCUAUGAAUCCAGAAUGGAUUGGUAAAGUGUGUUUAAUUCAAGUUAGUAGUCCUAUUGCUAAUAGAUAUAAUUCAUCCAUUAUCAAAUUAGAACAACAAAUCAACGACAUAGUUAAUUCUAUUAAUGCUCAAUAUGGUGAGUUGAAUUUUACACCUGUACAGCAUUACUACAUGAGAAUACCAAAUGAUGUUUAUCUAUCUCUAUUGAGAGCUGCUGAUUUGUGUCUAGUCACAACCGUCAGAGAUGGCAUAAAUACCACCUCAUUAGAGUACGUCACCUUAAAAUCUCACGAAUCCCAAUUCCAUUGCUACGGUGAUCCUUUGAUUAUAAGUGAGUUUUCGGGUAGCAGCACCGUCUUGAAAGAUGCAAUGAUUGUUAACCCUUGGGAUUCAGUUGCUGUUGCUAAAAAGAUAAAGAAGGCUUUUUCAUUAACAAAAGAGGAGAAAUAUGCUUUACAAAAAACAGUUUGGAGUCAAGUUCCAAUUAUACAAAAUUGGACAGAUAAAUUACUUGAUUCCUUUAAAGAGAUUACGGAUAAAAACGAAAGUACUGAUCCUGCAGAAAGGAAAAUUACACCAGCCUUAAAUAGGCCAGUUCUAUUAGACGAUUAUAAUAAAGCACAACGCCGUUUAUUUUUAUUUGAUUAUGACGGUACUUUAACUCCGAUCGUUCAAGAUCCAGCUGCGGCUAUUCCAACUGCUAGACUGUACUCAAUUUUGAAUAAGCUUGUAGCAGAUCCUAAAAAUGAAAUCUGGAUCAUUUCAGGCCGUGACUCAAAAUUUUUAAACAAAUGGUUGGGCUCAAAAGUCCCUGAACUAGGAUUAAGUGCUGAGCACGGUUGUUUCAUUAAAAAUGCAAAUACUAAAAAUUGGAUUAACUUGGCAGAAGCAUACGACAUGACUUGGCAAAAAUUAGUUGCUGAAAAAAUGCAAGAAUUUACCGAUCGUACACCUGGUUCGUUUAUUGAAACUAAAAAAGUUGCACUAACAUGGCAUUACAGAAAGGCUGUUCCGGAAUUAGGGGAAUUUAGUGCGAAAGAAUUGAAGAAUGAGUUAUUAAAAUUCUCUGAUGUUCAUGACUUGGAGGUUAUGGAUGGUAAAGCUAAUAUUGAAGUUCGUCCAAAAUUUGUGAAUAAGGGUGAAAUUGUUAAGAGAUUAAUUUGGAAUAAACAUGGGGAGACUCCUGACUUUUUAAAGGGUGCUGAUACAGGAAAGCCAUUCGAACAGAUGGCAGAUUUUGUUUUGUGUUUAGGUGAUGAUCGUACUGAUGAAGACAUGUUCAAGCAAUUAAACUCUGUUCAUGAUAUAUGGUCAGAAAAGUAUCCAGACAUGAAAAAUGGAAAUGGAAGUUACGGUCUAUACCCUGUUUCAGUUGGUUCUGGUAAGAAAAAGACAGUGGCUAAAGCACAUUUAACCGAUCCUCAGCAAGUAUUAGAAACAUUAGGUUUACUUAUUGGUAAUGUUAACUUAUUUGAAAGUGCAGGUACUGUUAAUUUGGAUACCAGAGGUCAUGUAAAGGAUAGCGAAAGAAGUAAAAAGUCGAAACAGGCUUCAGUUGCCUAUGCAUUGAGGAGAUCAGCAUCAAAUACUAAUAUAAAAAAAUAA